UCAAGCGCAUUAUUGAUUGCAGAAACAUGAAGAUCUUCGCGUCAACUUUUCUUUUUUUAGCUGCAUUUGUGAUUCAAUUCUCGAUGAUUCAAACAAAUUUUAAACAGCAAUUUCAUGAUGAACAAAUCGAAUUAAAACGACAACGUAGAGUUUGGAAUGGUCGUAAUCCUUCACCCAAACGAUGGAAAUUUAUGGCAGCUUUGUUUAAAUUUGUAUUCAGAUCAGAAUCUGGUAGUCCUAUGCCUAGAAUUCAUUGUUCAGGUGUGAUUCUCAACGAAUACCAUAUUCUUACAGCUGCUCAUUGUGUAUACAAUCAAUCGUGGCAGGAUUUCUACAUAUUGGUCGGUAGCCAUUCAUUGUAUGAAUCAUAUCAGAAUCUGGAUAAUGUACGUCAAAUUCAUUCGGUAAAGAUUCACGACAAAUAUCUACCGACACGUAAUGGAUUUUCUCCGCACGAUAUUGCCAUAAUUAAGCUACAUGAACCAUUCAUGUUUGACCGUUAUAUAAGUCCAGUUUCAAUGCCAAAUUUUUCUGAUCCUCACAGUAAAUUUUGUUACAUAUUGGGUUAUGGAAAGGAGAAAAGUAAUGAUCGUCGAUUUGCCCGUCUACGACAACUAAAAUUGCCUAUGAUUGAGCCGCAUAUAUGCGAAAGAAUAUCACGAUCAAAAUUCAAUCGUAACUAUCAACUUUGUGCUGGUUAUGUCCGCUAUCGAGAUCUAGAUCAUUGGCUUAGUCCAAAAAUAGUUUCCGAAGGAGACUCUGGUGGUGCCCUCAUGUGUCGACUUAAAUUACAGAAUAUAACACAGAGCUAUGUUUUGAUUGGUUUGGCAACAGGUGGUAAACGACCCAAACGGUACAAACGAGUAAAUAGCCUUUUUAUCAGCUAUUUUGCUCAGAUAAAAUUCCACUUGAAAUGGAUUCGAUCACAUUCAAAAAUCGGAUCUAUUUCUUUGAAAAAUGAAUAAAUGUAGUUGCUUAUCUAAUUCUA